UUACAAGUGAUAAUCUGCAUGUUGCCCUUGAGGCUAACAAUAGCAACAACAAACAAUUUCCAGUCAGUCGUAGGUGGCAGUGAGGCAGCAUGAUGAAUCAUGGAGAGGAGGGAACAAGGAGUGGACAGUAGAGAGGGGGACGGGUGCAGGGAGGGUGUUAGUUUAGAAGAUGCUCUCUGAAGAGCAGGGUCUUCAGGAGUUUCUUGAAAGUCAAAAAGGAAACCCCUGUUCUGGUAGUGCUUGGUAGGUCAUUCCACAUUUGUGGAACGAUGCAUGAGAAGAGUCUGGAUAGUCCUGAGCGUGGUGUAGGCACUGCUAGCCGACGGUCCUGUGAUGACCGGAGCGGCCGGGCCGCGACGUAAGCCUGGUUGUAUGUUGUGAGUGGGUCCAGAUGUUGAUGCGGUUCUCCUCUAAAUGCUCCUCAGGUGAAGCUGCUGCCUUUCAGCAUGAAAAACCAAACAGGAAGUCAAAUCUGCUUCUCUGGGCUCUGCUGGCUGCUGCUCUCAUCAUUGUCUACAGACUCGCUUUUGAUAAAAUUAGAACCAACAAAACUCUCCAAACCCUGAAGGAGGAGAAUGAAGCUCUGAGAAAACACAUCUCAGAUCACUUUUGUCUGAAGUUGGACAGAAACUGGGAGAAACAUGGAGACAAGUGUUAUUAUUUCAGUAACAUUAGCUUAUCCUGGAAAGGGAGCAGAAGUUUCUGUGAGGAUCUGGGAGCAGACCUGGUGAAGAUCGACAGCAGAGAGGAGCAGGAGUUCCUGGUGGAGAAAGUGAAAAACUUUGUGAUGGAUACUAUUUUGGGAAGUUUCUGGAUCGGACUGACAGACUCAGAGGUAGAAGGCAACUGGACCUGGGUGGACGGAUCUCCACUGGACAGCAGAAUGAAGUUUUGGUUAGAAGGAGAGCCCAAUAAUGCUUCAGGACGCAGUGUAUCUGGAGAGGACUGUGUGGCGAUUGUGAAGAGAGGAGUUGAAGAUCUGAACACCUGGAAUGAUGACACCUGUAGCUUUGCUCAUAAAAGUAUCUGUGAGAAACCAGCAGGAACUGGACCGAGUUCAUCUGCUUGUGGCUGAAGUUCAGUUCAGUCUCUGGAACAACCUGAGUCCAACAUCCAGGAGGAGCAGAGAUGAUGUUUGUAGAAAGUUCAUCUCACAAACAGCUGAAGCUUCAUUUUAAAUGUGUGGAAGAGAAAAAUUGUAUAUUUUCUCACAUUUUCUUUUUUCUUCUUUAGAUAAAAUACAAAAGCCUAACCCAUAAAUAAAAAAAAACAUUCAAUCAUAAA